AUGGAGGAUAACAGCACACACACUGGUCAGUAUCGCUCUGCCUGCGCUGAGUGCCAUCGCAGGAAGCAGAAGUGCAAUCGCGAAUGGCCCUGCAACCAUUGCCAGAAGCGCAAAGUCGCCGACAAAUGCCGCUUCGUCCAGCCUAACACGGCCAGCUCGCCUUCAGACAGCUUAAACUCGGGCAGCGACAAGAAGCGCUCUCGUAGUCAUGACGAUGACGGCGAGCCUGAGCCUGAUGAGCCUGCCGGGGGCGACGACGACGACCUUGGCCUAGAGGCCAUGGGCUAUGCCGCUGGACCCCUGUUUGAGUCUCUCACCAUCGCCUCCAAGAAGAAGCCAAUGGGCGAAUUGACGUGGGUUCACCCCGACACUUGCCCUCAGCUUAAGCAUGCUCUUGAUGUUCUCCCUUCUCGUCCCCAGAUGGAUGCUCUUGUCCAGAGCUUCUUUAACAAUGUCAACUACCAUUACUACAUCAUCUACCCGCCCAUCUUUCUGCAGGAGUAUCAGAAGUGGUGGGAACAGAGAAACAGCAACCAAACUGUCUCACUCCAAUGGACCAUCCUCUUGGUCAUGGUCUGCGCUUGCGCCACGCAGCAUCUGGACGUCGAGAUGAAACCCAUCGUCGAGGUUGAGCUGGCCGAGGCUGCCGACACACUAACCAAGGAGUAUCACAAAGCCGGCACAGAUCUCGGUAGAGUGGUUCCCGUUGGCCACUGCCAUCUGCUCAACGUUCAGUGGAUGCUUCACUCGAUCUACUGGUACAAGAGCGAAGCGAGAUUCGUCGAAGCCUGGCACGUCAUUGGUGCAGCUGUUCGGGAGGCGCACGAGCUAGGCCUCCAUCGGGUUGCUAUUGCUGAGGGUUUGACCGAGUUUGAACGCGAGAUGCGCCGUAGAGUGUGGUGUGUUUUGGAUUGUUGGGAUUGGCAAUUUGCUUCUGGCCUGGGUCGACCGACAAUUAUUGAUCAUACAGACAUCGACGUUGAACCGCCAAGUCUCACCCUGGAAAACUUGUCACCAUCGCCACUGCUUCACAUGAAGUUGCAAUCAGAGUUGGUCACUCAGCUUGCCCAGCGCUGGACUGCACCCAAAAACAUCAACACGGCAAGCGAGGUUCAAGAGUACAAGCGGAUGCUCGAGGACUGGAUUCGUGCUUUCCCUCCAGUGUACGAUGUCGACCAACCAGACACAUCCAAGGACUACAAGCAUACCUGGAUCACCUUCCACCGGUUCUACAUCCAUACCAUGGCAUACCUCAUGAUCCUCAACCCUAUGCGCUCCUUCAUGGCACAAACAUACACCAAGUCGACCACGGAGGAUCUACUGCAAGUUCGAGCGGAUGCGGUUCACUACUCGCUCAAAAACCUUGACACAACCACCAGAUGGGUUGAUCAUGUCUCACACCGAGACGGCAGAUUUCACUUCAUCAUCUUUUCCCUCUUUGACACGGCAGCCGUUCUUUCUACCGCGAUUAUCAAGGACCAGGACCAUACCAUCCCAAGAAGGGACGAGAUCAUCGAUGCUGUGGACAACUCAGUUAGACUCCUUAAACGCAUCAAGGCGAUAUCAAGCACGGCAAAGACAUCUCACGACAUCCUUGUCAGGAUGGUGCAAAGAAUGCCACGACAGUCCGCGCCUGUGCGUGACAACUACCGGAAGAAGCAGCGGGUAGCCCCCGUGGCUGAACCAUCACCCCCUAACCUCAUGGGCAGCGAGGGUGUGAACCAUCCGUCACCCAGCAGCCACUCGCACUCUCAGGGCUUCGAGUCACAGCACAGCUCGCCAAGCAACUGGGCAAGCCCGGAAAGCGUGGGAGCUGGUUCAACUCCCCAAAGCAGCUACUCAUACUAUGACCACAGCGACCAGCCCGGACUUGUUCAAACGGCCGGCCCCGCGCCAACUGAAUUCUAUAUGAGACCACCUCUUGUAUACGAUGGCAGCGCAGUGCCGAAUCAAAUACCCUCACCGAGCGCCGGUAUUGAUGCCGUUAUUGAGGGAGGCGGUAUCCAUGGAAUGCCACCGGCAGACCCUAAUAUGGCUGGCAUGCUGCCUCCGACAUCCGGCGGCAUGAUACCCCAAGCGUCUUUUGCUGAAUUCCAUCCCCCAAUGCUGGAAAUGAACUACGGACUCGAGAACAUCACAGAUGCCGAACUUGGAGACUUUUCUCAAUUAUGGGACUGGCGAAGCUUAAACCUGGAUUUCAUUCAAAGCUCACAAUAG